AUGGCGAGCCUGGCACCCCCGGAGCCCGCGGAGGAGGGAUGCCCGGCUCGGGCUCCUAGCGAGGAGGCGCAGGAGCCGGAGGAGGAAGUCCGGGAGCUGAGCGCGGUCGCUGGCGCCGGGCGGCAGGUGGAGGAGGCCGCGGGCCGGGUGGGCGCCGUGGCGAGCUGGCUGCUUGGGGAGCCGGUGCUGUGGCUGAGCCGCUGCGCCGAGCAGUUGCUGAGCUGGGAGAGGCCGCUGCUCAGCCUGCUGGCUUUCGUCGGUGCCAACCUGCUGUUCUGGUUCCUUGCGUUGACUCCAUGGAGGAUUUAUCACCUGAUCUCAGUCAUGGUUCUUGGACGUGUUAUUAUGCAAAUAAUAAAGGAGAUGGUACUGUCCAGAGCAAGAGGUGCACAGUUGUGGAGAAGCCUCAGCGAAAGCUGGGAAGUGAUUGAUUCCAAACCAGAUGAAAGAACAAGACUCAGCCACUGUAUUGCAGAAUCAUGGAUGAACUUCAGCAUAUUCCUGCAAGAAAUGUCUCUCUUCAAGCAGCAGAGCCCUGGCAAGUUUUGCCUCCUGGUCUGCAGCGUGUGCACAUUUUUUACGAUCUUGGGAAGCUACGUUCCUGGGGUCGUACUCAGCUAUCUACUAUUACUCUGUGCAUUUUUGUGCCCGCUGUUUAAGUGUAAUGACAUGGGACAAAAACUAUACAGCAAAAUCAAGUCAGUUCUGUUGAAACUAGACUUUGGAAUUGGGGAAUUUAUUAAUCAGAAGAAACGUGAGGGAUCUGAAGCAGAUAAAGAAAAAAGUCACAAGGAUGACAGUGAAUUAGACUUUUCUGCCCUUUGCCCUAAGAUGAGCCUCACGGUUGCUGCUAAAGAGUUAUCUGUGUCAGACACAGAUGUAUCAGAAGUGUCCUGGACGGAUAACGGGACCUUCAACCUCUCUGAGGGAUAUACUCCACAGACAGACACGUCUGAUGAUCUUGACCGACCUAGUGAACAGGAAGUCUUCUCUCGAGACCUUUCAGAAUUUCCAUCUUUAGAAAAUGGCAUGGGAACAAAUGAUGAAGAUGAAUUAAGCCUUGGCCUGCCUGUUGAGUUCAAGAGAAAGAAGGACCAGUUGGACAGUGGCCGUAGAUUGAACCAAGAGAGGCCCUCGGUGGCUGGUCUCACGCUUCCUCUGAACAGUGACCAGACCUUUCAGCUGAUGAGCAACUUGGCUGGGGACGUCAUCUCAGCUGCCGUGACUGCUGCCCUCAAAGACCAGCUCCAGGGUAAACAGCAAGCCCUUUCUCAGGCCGCGGCCAGCCUCGCCGAGGAUACAGACACUGAAGAAGGUGAUGACUUUGAACUCCUGGACCAGGCAGAACUUGAUCAAAUUGAGAGUGAGUUGGGACUUACACCAGACCAGGAAGCAGCAGUACAACAAAGUAAGAAGUCUUCGAGCUUCCUGUCUAGCCUACUGGGAGGCCACUGA